ACUAACUAUUCAACACUGGCAAUUAGUCCGGGGAUAGACAGCACUCUGGCCGCAGCGGAGCGAGGAGUGCCAGCUUUCGUUAUUUUAACAUUUCUCAAGAAUAACAAACUUCGCCUCAAAACUUUUACUUAUUAUAGAAAGAUAUCUUGUCUUUUUCUGAAAAAAAAACGAAAUCCUUCCGCCUCCCUUCACUGUGCGUUGCUUCUUGGCUGUUAAAAUUGCUGGUGGCUGGGGCCGCUUUUUUGCCGAGACAGCAGCCGAAUACAGCGGGCUCGCUAAAGCAAAAACAGUCGGAGAAGCGUAAGGGGGAUGGGGGAAGGAGCUGAUCCGGAAAAAGGGGAUUGGAGAGGUCGGAAGUAUCGCGAAGCAUGCCGGCUCUCAACGGGGACUAGAAAGCGUCCACGCCCGGGGCCAGCGCCGUGGAUCUGGCGAAGGUUCAGCCCAGGUUCGCCUUGUUUUGCAAGACGCCUAGACGGAAGGUAGUUGGUGGACUCAAAGAAUAGUGUGUUUCUGUUGAGCAACAUGAACGGAGAGACAGCAAUGGCAGAAACUACUGAAGUGAGCGAUGCUAAAGAAGAGUGGCCAAAAGAGGACCUCCUGGGCCUGUUAGAUAGCAUGAGAAGCAUGGUUCCCACCAAUGAUGUGAUGAAGUUUAAAACAACAGAGUCACAUAUGGACUGGAAUAAGGUGACCUUUGCCCAUUAUACAGCAGAAAUGUGUAAACAGAAGUGGUCGGAGAUCUCACAUGAAGUGAGAAAGUUCCGCACUUUAUCAGAACUGAUUCUGGAUGUCCAAGAAAAUGUGAAGAAUCCCUAUAAAGGGAAGAAACUCAAGAAUCAUCCUGAUUUUCCCAAGAAGCCUCUCACACCUUAUUUUCGAUUCUUCAUGGAGAAGAGAGCCAAAUAUGCAAAGCUUCAUCCUGAAAUGAGCAACUUGGAUCUAACUAAAAUUCUUUCCAAGAAAUAUAAGGAGUUACCAGAGAAGAAAAAGUUGAAAUAUAUUCAGGAGUUUCAGAAGGAGAAAGAAGACUUUGAACAGAGCAUGGCCCGCUUCAGAGAGGACCAUCCAGAACUACUGGAGAGUGUAAAGAGAACAGAUGUCCCAGAAAAACCUAAAACACCACAGCAGUUGUGGUAUCUUCAUGAGAAGAAGGCCUUUAUGAAGAUGCAUCCAAAGGCCACUAUGAAGGAUGUUAAAGAGGCACUGGGUAAGCAGUGGUCCCAGCUGUCUGACAAGAAAAGACUCAAGUGGAUUGGAAAGAGCUUAGAGCAGCAAGAACUGUAUGAGGAAGCAAUGCGAGAUUAUGUUUUGCGUCACCCUGAACAAAGCAUCAGUCUGGAUGAUUUGACCAAGAAUACUCUGACUAAAGCUGAAAGACAGCUCAAAGACAAGUUUGAUGGUCGACCCACAAAACCACCUCCAAAUGGUUAUUCUCUUUAUUGUGCUGAACUGAUGUCCAACAUGAAAGAUAUUCCCAGCACAGAACGCAUGGUUCUGUGCAGCAAGCAAUGGAAAAUGCUGUCUCAGAAAGAGAAGGAUGCGUAUCAGAAACGAUGUGAACAGAAAAAGAAGGAAUAUGAAAUCAAUCUUCAUCGGUUUUUACUGAGCCUCCCUGAACAUGAGCAACAAAGAGUCCUGUCUGAGGAAAAGAUGAUUGGAUUAAACAAAAAAGCAGCAAGCAACCUGAAGCAGGGUGGAAUUAAAGGUGUCCCCUCAUCUCCUUCAGAUGCUACAAAGACAACUACUGACAAACCAAAGCGUCCGAUCUCUGCCAUGUUCAUUUUCUCGGAAGAGAAGCGCAAGAAGUUGCAAGAGGAGGAGCCAGAACUCUCGGAAAGUGAACUGACAAGAAAAUUGGCCAGGAUGUGGACUGAGCUCUCUGAGAAGAAAAAGGAAAAAUAUCGACGCAUGGAGGCAGCGGCAAAGGCUGAAUCUGAGCAGAAAAGGCAGGGCUAUGGAAAAGAUGGAAAAGGCUCUGCUGUCCGUGGAAAACUGCCAGAGCCACCCAAGACGGCAGAAGAGAUCUGGCAACAGAAUGUGAUUGGCGAUUAUCUGGCCAAGUACAGGAGUGAUCGCACUAAGGCGAUGAAAGCAAUGGAGGCAACUUGGAGUGCGAUGGAGAAAAAGGAGAAAUUAAUGUGGAUUAAAAAGGCGGCUGAGGAUCAAAAGCGAUACGAGAAAGAACUGAGUGAAAUACGAACACCAGCAAUAAAUGUGAACAAGAAAAUAAAAUUUGAGGGAGAGCCAAAAAAGCCACCAAUGAAUGGGUACCAGAAAUUUUCUCAAGAACUACUUACAGGUGGUGAACUGAACCAUUUGAAUCUCAAAGAUCGGAUGGUGGAAAUUGGGAAAAGAUGGCGAAAGGUUUCUCAGGCUCAAAAGGAUCGUUAUAAAAAGAUGGCAGAAGAGCAACAAUGUCAAUACAAAAUCAAUCUAGAAGCCUGGCUUAAGAGCAUAUCCCCACAAGAGAGGGCUGCCUAUAAGGAAUACACUUCAAAUAAACGCAAAGGUACUGCAAAAGUAUCCAGUCCAAAUCCCAAAAUGAAAGUCACAAUACCAGCACAGAAUGCUAGUGAAACGGAAGAUUCUGAUGAGGAUGAUGAUGACGAGGAUGAUGAAGAAAAGGCCAACUCUUCAGAUUCUGAUGAUUCCUCUGGUUCAGACAGUGAUGAAGAGAGUGAAGAGGAAGAUGAUGCAGAUGAGAAUGCAGAUGAAGAUGAGGAUGAAGAGGAAGAUGAAAACCAAUCCGACAGCAGCAGCACUUCUUCAUCUGAAGAGUCCUCUGACUCAGACUCUGACUGAAGUGUUCUGCUUUGAUCUUCCAGGCAGUACUGGAAAAUAUCAGGGGCCUAAAGAUGAGCCCUCGUGCCCACUACCAGCACUGUUUGAGAGACAAGUGGCAGAAGCAGAAAUGCUAAAUCUGAUGUGAUCCAGCCAUCAUAGUCCGGUCCAGUCAGUUUUGUGGAACGAAUUUUCUGGACUUGACCUGAUUUACUUUAAGCUCCUUGAAAACCACUAGUGAUGCAAGUAAGAAUGGACCAAAUAAAGAAUUGGUGUUUUUUUUUAAUUAACUGGAACAAUCCUAUUUACAAAUUAUUCAGAAAUUGCCCUCCGCCUGUGUGACCCUCCAAUGAGUGACAUUCUGAACCUUUUUUCUUAAACUGACAUGAAAAUUCUCUAAGUUUAGGCACACAAGAUCAAAGUUGUGUGUUGUGUGAAGUCACUCGGUAUUUAAGUGUUUGGUUUAUCAGGUCAUUCAUACUUGCAUUGCCAGGCACAAAAGCUUUGAAUUUUUAACAAUAUUACAGUGAAAUUGGUUUCUGCCUCAUUUUUCAUGGUUCUAGUUCUGGUACCUUGUACAAUUUUUGUGGUUAAGGAGAAUAGAAACAUCAGGGUGAUUACAUGGCAAGCAUUGAAGCUAUUUAUUCAAUAUUUCCCCAAAGUCGUCUACCCUGGUACCUCUGUUGCAUAAGGGAUGAAUCUGACAAUGGAACAGGCUGGAGCUUGUCUACAAGUAUGCUAGUCUGAAUCAGUGAAGAGUAUUUUGUGAUGUUGCAGUUUGUAAAUACAAAGGAAUGUUUUUAAGGGAGGUUUCAGUUUUGGCAUUUUGUGAAUGGAAUCUUCUUAGUAAUGUGAACGAUGUUACUGAGAAGACUGCACCAAAGCAGUUGCUCAUUCAUUUUCGGGCAGAUGGAAGAAAUGUGCUCUUGUUGCCCAGUGCCCUUCAAGAUUGCAAAAGACUCUGUCUUUCUAACACACUUCUUGCUGGUUACUUUAUUUUUCUGCAUGUGUAGUCUUUCCUUAUAGUGUUUAACUUAUGGAGGAUGUAACUGCAGAGGCUGAAGUAUUUUGUAUAAUUUUAGUCUGUCAAUCUGACUUGGGAGUGUCACAAUAUUGGUGGAAGUUGAUCUUGAUGUUCUAGAUGCAGCAGAGACUGCAAAUAGCUUUGUAUUUUCAGAUUCUGUUUUGUCACUUCUGAAUGGAAUGUACAUUAACUCUAGUCAUGAAACCAAAUGCAAAGCAUAUUGUUAAGUUUUACUAGAUAGUUUCAUCCUCCUUUGAAUUGUAGAGUUGAAAGGUUUUAUUCCUGGAGGCCUUCAAGAGAGACAGCGCAAAGCUGCUGAAGUCAGGUCACAUGCAAAGCUGACUUGGGUUUGGAACACUAUUGCAGUAUCUCUUUCACAAAUACAAGCUUAUUUAUACAAGCACUUUUAUUUGCAUAACCCAUGGCAAGACUGUUUGUGUUUUCUUUGCUCAGCAGAAUUGAAGAAGAAUUACAAAUUUGAGGAUAAAAAAUUUUAUUGCUUCAUGGUACAGGAAGUGUGAGUAUGUUUUCUAGACCCAGCUUGAAAAGGGAGAGGGAGAAAGAGAGCUUGUGGUCUCUGCAACCAAAACAUGCCCUGUUGCCCCUUUGUGUGAUCUCAUUGUAAAUCAAUGAGAGUUCAAUGUAAAAUCUGGAGGGGGGAGCGGGGUGGUGGAAGAAUGCCAUGCAACUGAGCCUUCCUCCAACUGCAGCUUUGCAUAAACACCAGAUCAUCACUGAAUACCUUUUCAGCUUGUGCCCAAUUUCAGAACAAGAGGGUGGGUGUUAUUUUAAAGGAUACUGAAAGAGGUAGUCUGUUGUACUUGUAUUGGAUUUGAAUGAGGAUGUAUGGUAUCUGUAUAUAAUGUUUGUAUUUUGCAACUUUACUUUUCAUUUUAUUUUCUGGUUCUUACAGUAAGGCCAGGAGCACUGGGAGUGUGUACUGUAAGAGGUGAAAUGAGUGCGUUUUUGCACUCCCGUGAAGCUGUCCUAGUAACCCAUACGUACCAUGUUACUUUUAGCUUCUGUGACCUGGAAAUUUUUCUAAUAUUUAAAGAUUGUUUUGUAGAGAGAAUGCCUCACUGAUUUGUAUUUGCAGAUUCUUGUAAUUUGAUGUUGGAACUUCUGAAACAUUUUAUAGGGAAAGCGUUCCUUUUGUUCAAGUGGUUAUCAAUAACCAUUAAAAAAAAUAAGAACUUGUUUGCUAGGUGAAUAGAGUUAUUUGAACUUGCAUUGGGAAAUAUGGGGUCAUGAACACUGCAGUGAAAUACAUGUGCACACUGAUCAAAAUGAGAACACAUUAAGUAGCAUAUUUUCCAAUUUUCAAUGGAUUGCACAUCUGUUAACCACUCACCAAUCCAAGGUGAGAAAUAAUUGUUGAAAACACAUGGUCAGAGAAGCUGUAAUUUCUGUGUUCCCUUUCAUUGCAUAACCAACUUCUGGCGCUAGGAACAUUUGCUGUGGUGGGUAUAGUGGUUAAGUUAGUCGAACAGCAGUCACGAUUCUGGACCACUGAGUUUGAAUGACAUUUAUUUUAAAUGAAAUAAUUAGCUAUUAAUUCCCAGUUUAAAUUUAAUUUUUUAAAGAAAACUUGAUUCACUAAUUUCCUUUGAGUAAUUGUGGACGGUAAAUAAGUUCUGGCAGUCCUAAUGACAUUCAUGCUAUGUUUUUGAUCUUUAAAUAAAAGCUGAUGCUAUAUGGUUGAGAUGCUAGAAGUCAACAUGAAAAGCAUCGUGCUAUAUAGAUGAAAUUAUGUACCAUAUUUGGGCUAUAUUACUGCUGAGCUCAUAGUUUAUAUGGGGAAAUCUAAGUGCCACUUUCUAAACUGUCACCAAGUGAAAUAGAUAGGUAAGUAAAUCACUUGUUUUUUCUUGAGUGUCCUCAACUUUGCCAAAGUUGUCAAGCUGGUUCCUUUAAUGUUUCACUUGUGGGGCAAUCUUAAAUAUAUACUGCAAUUGGGAGCAGAAUUUCAAAGAUCACCCAAAUGCAAUGACUCAAAUUUGAUAACUUAUUAAAUAUAAAAUUGCCAUCUAUUGAAUAAUUACUGCUGAAAUAUAGUAUCUCUUUAGAACCUGCAGUGUGGGGGGGGGGCAGUUCAUCCUUGUUAUUUCUGUUUUAAAACCUAUAUCAAUGCCAGUGCAGCCUUGCAGUGCAGAGAAGAUGGCUUAGUCACUGUUCAAAUGUGAUGCAAUUGGAAUGAAAAUGCCCAUGAUGAGGAUUAAGAAAAUACUCAUAGAUCAUAAGUGUUUUGGACUAUCCAGUCUCCUGCAAUGGAUUCGAAAUAAUAUAGAGGAGAGUGGACAAGGUCUUAAUUGAAAACACAAGAAAUGAGCAACCUUGCUCUCAUUCAACAUGUUAUGAAUGGGGGGAGGUUGCUUUGGGUAUACAGUACGGACCAAGGGUCAGGAAUAAUUGAGCAUGAUGGAAGUGCACAUUGUAGACUUUAGAACUGAGCUUUUCUACCAUGAGAAAUGUACAGCUAAUAAUGCACUGAAUAUCAAGUGGUGAGAGGGUGUGUGGAAAUGCCUCUUUAUGUGGCCAGGGUAUUUGGAUGACUUUCUCGCAGGAUUCCCUGACUAGAAACAAUAUAUAGUUUGAUGUUGGUCAAUGUUUCAUUAACAUCCGAGACAAGAACCAGAACUCGACUGUGUGAAAUGGAGCUCAAAUCCAUACUGGUCCAAUCUUGCUGUUAAUGUCUGGAAACAGCUGAUAGUUAAACUACCGAAAUUGUUUAAGAUUAUCAGCCUAGAAUGCCAAUAACAAUUGAGUAAGUGUUAAAUGACAGGAAUAAUUGCCCAAAUACAGCUGAUAGUGAACUGAUAUGUUUAUAACAAUAUUUCCAUGAGGGGCGGGGGGUGGGGUGUGCAAGGCAAGUGCCCAAGGGUAACAGAAGUCGAGAUGUCUCUCAGCACUGGUUGCUUAGAUUGGUUAUUUCAAGAAUUUGUUUUUUUUAAAUUGAAGUGGAGCUGCUUAUUAGGGAAUACUAAUAAUGGAGUUACGACGAUGAUCACGAUCCAGUUGAAUGGUGAAUUCUAGAACUGGAUUGUUCUUUUGAGGCAGAACCGUUGCCAAUAAAAAAUGACAGCAGAAGCAGAUUAGUGCUCUGCCAUUCAAUGAGAUCAAAACUGUUCUACCUAAUUCUACAUUGCCAUACUUUUCCAGUAUUCUGUGAUUCUCUGUACAUAAGUUUAUUGCUCCCUCUUGAGUAUAUUAAAUGACUAGACAGCUACAGCAGCCUAUUGUUGUGAAUUCCAAAGAUUCAAAAUCUGAGCUCAUUUCUCCAUUUCAGUCCUAGAGCAGGCAUUGUAUUCUGGAGUACUUUUAUGGUGCUGGAAUUCCAUACCCAGAGAAAAAAUCCUCCUAACUGUAGCAAGCUGAUCAAUAACUGCUCAAUUAGUUUGCUUCCAUUUUAAACACCUAUUUCUUUUCUCCAAAGAACUAUCCAGCCCUAGCAACAUCAGUCCAGUGCAUCUUGAUUGGCCAUGCCUUGUAUUAAGAAGUGUGCUCUAGUUUGUUGUAGCCAAUGUCAUUAAUAAUUUUAGAAGUAUUUUUAUAACCCAAUUAUCUGCUUAAUUUCUUGUCUAGGAAAAAUCUUAUCAAUAUUUCUUGUAUUUAAUUCACAUGGUGGGGGCUAAUCUAAGGUGGGGGCUUAUAUGGGAGGCAGGGUUUGAGGGUCAGCACAACAUUGUGGGCUGAAGGGCCUGUACUGUGCUGUACUGUCCUAUGUUCUAUGGAAAAUGAGAAAUGUGGGUGAAAAUCAUGCAAACUGGAUUAGUUUAAAUAAUGCUAUUUUCAGCAGCUGCAGAGUCCUUGUUUGGGAUUACUUUAGACAGGCUGCUUGAUUGGCAUAGUUGAGAAGGGUCUGUUUCUGUGCUGUAUAUCUUAAAUUUAAGGAGUUUAUUUUUUUUCUUCCAUGUUUAUAAUGUCUAUGUUCUUGCCUCUUAAUCUAUUCACUCCUUUGCAGACUGUGAACAUUUCCCUUGGUUAAGUAU